UUCUGAUGUCAGUCGAUAAAACAAAGGCCUUUCUUCUCGAGAUGCCCCAUUGCCCCCCAGCUCCCGAAGAACGCCAACUAUAAACACGAUGAACACAGGCAACGGCUCGCACAGAGUAUCUUCGCAAUCACGGUCGAAAUUGAAUGCUUUUCGGUACAAUCAACAAAAUAAACCAACUCCUGACAAGCCCCCUCAGAAGACUAGCUUAGCACCUGGCCAUGCGAACAAGGAGAACCAGACGUCUUGGUUGAAUGGAGUGACGGAGCCCGAGAAGUCGAAUGAAAAUAAUCAAAAUCAAACAGCAGAGGCAGCAGAACCAAAGGCACCGAGAGAAUGCCCUCACACUCCAGGAAAUAGGAUCCCUCUAGCGGACCUUAUCAACAAUGCAGAGGAUGCUUUCAUCCAUGCUCCUAUGCCGGAAUUUACACCAGAAGAUUACGUUGUUUGGCAGCAUGUGCCCGCAAGCUCAAAUCCUGAUAGAAUGUCCCAGACGCCUGCACAUGGUAAAAAGCGCCGCCACAGCUCGUCCCCGACUAGCUCUCCCCUGGCAGGGACUUCGAAGAGCAGGCGUAAAGGAUCUCUUGACUUGCAGAAUUCUCAGACACUCCAGAAGACUCCGCAGCAUGACCUCGCCGCCGAUCUGUGGAACAGCUAUGUGAGCAAGACCCUUGCCAACGGCAAUGGUGAGAUACUUCGACCGCGCUUCACAAAUCUCCUCUCUUCUUCCCCGCAAACGCCAGCCUCAAUGCGCACCAGCCGAGACUCUUCAAGUCUUAGACGAUCAAACAGCUGUAUGGCAGAAUGGCCCAGUUCAAAAGCCAAGCGAAGAAGGAUCGACAAGGAAAACUUUGGUACGGGACGAAGCAUAUUCUCAAGGACAAGGAGCAAUGUUGUCAACUCGGGAAACUAUCAUGGCCCCAAAAUCAGUUCUCUCGUGGAGGAAAUCGAGAAGACGUUGAAAAAGGCACCUGUGCCGCUACCGGACACAACUGACUCGUCUCCUAUACCAGCACGCAACCAAGGCCGGCGUAGUAGGUCAAAAUCCCCAACAGAGGAUAGAAAGAGCCAAGCUCAAGCCUCGAAGAAAACUAGCCAAGUGCAAGAGCCCAGAAUCAUUCAUGCUGCCCCUGAAGACAGGAAACCGUUGGAAGAGUCCUCAUCGGAUUACGGGGACGAUGAAUUUGACCAGGACUUCUUCGAUCUCGCCGAAGCCUCAAUAGAUCCAUUUGUGGAUGUCGGUUCCUCUCACCUUAGAGACAAGGCUCUGAGUGACGGACUUGCGAAUAAUGGGGCUUCGACAGAGGCCUGCGCCUCAACUAAGGAAUGGAGAGAGACUGGUGCAGUGACUAUGAAAACUAAUGUGGAUAAACCGACUAAUGAUGUUGAUACCCUUGAUGCUGAUGAAUUUGACGAUGAUUUUGAUGGUUUAUCGGACGGUAUGGAGGAUCUUCUCGCUCAAUGCGAAAAGUCGCAGAGCACGGAUAUGGCAAAGCCUGUUUCUACGGGGCCAGCAGCUUCUAGACAACCAAUUCCCGGAGCAAAAUCUGGCUAUUAUCCUAACGCGAUGUCCGAAGUGUCCAUUCAGAAAAAAGGAGAACAGGAUGCAUCUUUUGGUGAUGAAUUUGACGAUGAUGGCUUGGAUAUAGAGGCCAUCGAACAAUCCAUGAUGCAUUCAGGAGCAGAUGCAUCAAACGAUGUUUGUCAUUCUUAG